UCCAAAAAAGAUAUAAACGAUUCGAACAAAUGAGUGGCUUUCCGGUGCUGAGCUUGUCUGGGCAGGGUAGGGUGGGUGGCAGUUAGGUGAGGGGUGUCAUGAGCAUCUGUGUUUCCAACCAUGAGCGAGCUGUCAGCACACAGGUGACUUGGUGUGGCUAUGUCAGCUGUGUCAAUGUGGUAUGCCAUCUCUUACCAACCUGGCUACUGGAAUCCCCAGUAAUAAAAUGAAAUACUCAAGGCUCUCCAACACAGAUGAUGGCUACAUUGACCUUCAGUUUAAGAAAAGCCCUCCUAAGAUCCCAUAUAAAGCCAUGGUGCUUGCUACAGUGCUGUUGCUGUCUUUGAUUGGCACCUUUCUCAUCAUCAUAGGUUCCCUCCUGCCGGCAGGUUAUAUCUGCAAAGGAGGGGCCGUGGGAGCCGCUCCUGUCCUGUUCAUUGGCAUCCUGGUGUUCCCGCCAGGAUUUUACCACCUGCACAUCGCCUACUAG